GCGAAUCGACCCGUCUCAGUGCAACCUCUGCCAAUCGUUGUGUCGACUCGAGCUUUCAGAAACUUGUGUCUUGCGUUGCUGCUGAAAACAAUUAUGGGUGAACCCAACCCAAGCACUCCUCUCUUCCGGUCUGUCGGCCGUAAUUUGCAAGGUCCUUUGUUGUGGCGGUCGGGGGCUAUCUUAGCCGCAAUUGGUAUAAUAACAGGUGCUUUCGGUGCCCAUGGUCUUCGCAAGAGACCAGGCACCACUCCUGACAGUAUUCAUGCUUGGGAAACAGCCUCUCAUUACGCUGUUUUCAACGGACUUGCGCUAUUACUUGUCUCUCUUCACCCUCGGUUUGCUGCUCAUAGGUUUGCGGGCCCUGCAAUUGGGAUAGGGGCUGCCUUAUUCUCUGGGAGCAUCUUCACAUUGAUACUCGCCAAAGACAGAUUCAAAUGGUUGGGGCCAGUCACGCCUAUAGGAGGCUCGAUCAUGAUUGCUGGAUACAUCGCGUUGGCGUUGUAGAAGUGUGUCUAUGUGAAAUAGACUAUUAUAUGUGUACAUGUAGCGUGUCCUAUCCGUUGAAUACCACUGCUCUGCUUGUCUGAAAUG